UUAUGGAGAGAUCUGCAGCGGCACCGUAGCGACGCAGGCCGUCAUGGAAGAGUAUUUGCGGAGGGUCCAGAUCAGACUCGGGGUAGAGGCAUCAGAGGAUGCCAUCCAUGCUGUUUUAGGGGGACCAAAGCCAGACGUUGAUACUGUGGCUGCAACACUGUGCCUAGCCCUAUACCUCAGCCAGAAGGAAGCGUCCGGCGGAUUGUGUCUGCCAGUGUUGUGUGGCCGGCGAGCUGACACCGUAUUGCCUGAGGAGACAGUGAAGUAUCUUCAGACGGUGAAAAUAAGUGAGAGUUUGCUGCUGUGGAGGGACGAUGUAGACCUCUUAAUGCUUCACCACACCGGAAAACUCUCACUCACGCUGUUGAGAGAUGGACUUCUCGAGAGCUCGGAGUACCAUGCUUUGGAGUCCAGCAUCCUGCGAGUGGUCCAUCACAACGGGCAGCAGGACACGGGGGAUGAUGGGGCAUCGUUCGCAGUGAAGACGGUCGCUAGAGAGAUUCGUCAAGAGGCAGCGGAGCACAUCAGACCAACACUGGGGAAGACUCUUGGAGAGGCCUUGCGGCUACAAAGUGAGGCUCUGAGGAUCAAACACGGCCAACAGUCACCACAACUGGAGGAGCUCAGAAGAUCUCUGGAGCUACUGAGUGACGUCACCGCAGGUCAGCCAGAUGAGGCGAAGCUACAACACUUGGAGCAGCUGCUGACAAUGGAGCUGAAGGAGUUCACAGACGGAGAGAUGACCAUUGCGUUGUCUUCGGUGACCACAGAGAACGAGGACUGGCAUGUUUAUGUGGAGGGAAUGAAAUCAGUCAGUCAGGGUCGUGGUCUUGAUGGGCUAGUGCUUCUCUUGUCCAUCAGUGACACACUUCAGCAUCCCUACCAGCAGGUGGCUGUCUACUCAAACAACACAGAAAUCCUAAACCAGAUCUGCUGUGAGUUAGAAGAGUCCUCCAGCUGGUCUCUGUCUGGUGAGCUGGUGGCCAGAGAGAAUCUUCAGGUCUACCACAUCCCUUUAAACACAUCCCCCUCCUCUGAUGCUCUUCAUCUACUGCAAGAAGAAAUCCAGGGCCUCCUCAAGGACUUUGUGGACCGACGGGGCUCUGUAUUAGCCUGCCACCCCAGUAGUAGGACAUCCUCCACAGAGGGAGUAGCAGGCAGUGUGGAGUUCUCCCAGGGAUCAUCGGGUAUCAAUGACAUGGACAACUCUGACAUAGACAGAGCAGAAGAAGGUAGUGCAGAUGCAGUGGCAAUAGCAAGGGUGAUGACAGAUGGUGAGGAGGACACAGGGGGUGUAGGAAUCAGUGGUGGUGUGGAGCUAGUGAGCCCUGACAGUGGUAUGAUCACCAUCCGCAGCAGCCGCUCCUCCAAGGAGAGCUCAGUGUUCCUCAGUGACGACAGUCCACUCGGUGAGGUUACUGCAGGAGGAAGUUCAGCAGCAGUGCCAGGAGGACUCUUCCUGAGAAACCCUUCUCCCCUGGGGUUGUUAUCGCUCUCCCCUCCUGUCCCACCUGAAAGGAGAAAGCAGCGUUCUACCAGAAAUAGGAAUGACAACUUUGACCCCUUUAGUUUUGACCCUCUCCAUAGCAGUGACCAUUCGUUGCCUGAAGUAGGAGAACUACCAAAUGAUGAAGUAAAAGGAAGUCGGGGGGAAACAAGCGCAGAAAGCUCCAACUUAUCGGAAGAACUCAGUUUACUGGAUUUCUCUGAUCCCAAUUCACUUGACAGGCUUGAAAGUGGAAAUUCUUCAACUGACCACUUUGGUCAAACCCACAAAAAAGAGAUGACUGACACUGUGGUUCCUCCAACUCCAGUCAACAGCCUGGUAGGUAGCCGCCCACCUAGCAGUUGUGGGAUCAGGUUCUUUCCUGAGGAUGUAGCUGAAAGGAUCGAUGGCUUACAGCACAAGGACAGUGUAUCAUCAUCCUUGUCAGAGACCUGGGAUGAACUUGGCUUUGAUACACAAGGAAAUGUAUCCUUGAUUGAUAACAAAGCCUCAAAUAGGACCAAAGAUGGGAGCCUACAGAAUAUGGAAGAGGACAUUGGAGGCAAAGACUUUAUCGGUGAGCAGACAGAAAGAGAAACCCAGGAGGAGAUGUUAAAAACAGAGCUUGCCCAGAAACGGCAAAAGAGACUGGAACCUCAGCUUAGUCUGGUCACUGAGCAGCAUGAUUCACAUGGUAACUGGAUCCCAGACACUGAAAUUAAGAAUCAGUGGAACUCUGUUACAUUGGCAGAUCUGCAAUUAACGCCACCAGAGGAGGAGGGAACUGGAAAAUCUAAACUGGGUAUCAUGGGAGCAAAAGAAAAAACACAGUUGGUGUCAAGAAAGAAAGCAAUCCUUAACACUUUAACACCAGACUCUUCUAAAGAAGAGGAUGAAGGGCUACAAGGAAAGAAAGACAAACAGAUGGAACUUCUAGACUUCUGGACUUACUCAGCUCAAAAGGGAUUUCUUAAGUCUGAUAGUGGAACCACUACUUCUUACCCUGAAUCACUAGAUAUGUGGAACAUGACAAUUCGGGAUGACAGCCUAUCACCAAUCACAACCCCUGACAACUUGUCGGAAAAUUCAGGUUCUUUCUGUGGUGUGAACCACAGUGUUGUUGGUGGUACAUCUGUGGAAAGUCCACCAGGAUUCUCUGAUGGUGGAAUGCAGAUGUGGAACACCACCAUACAGGAAGACAGCUCUUCCACUGUAACAAGCCCUGAGGGACCUGAAAACGGAAAGGACCUUAGUCGCAUUGGAUCCCUAGAUGCCAAUGAUUCUCCAGACACACAGGCGAGCAAACAGUUAGAAGAAGAAAAAGCUAUAGAGGAGGGAAGAUUUGAGAGUAAAGUCAUUUGUCCAAAACAGGAGGAAGUGGAGUGGGCAGGUCAUGAGCACAAUGUGAAAAUAGUUAUAGAGACUGCAGACGGUAGCAAACACAGUGAAGAAUCAGAGGAGGAUGACCUGCAGACUGUAGACAACCAACCGUCUUUUAGGCAAAACUUGACAUCUGAACAUUCAGAGACUGAGACUUCCUCACACCAAGGCACAUACAUGUGGGAACUGCCUGCCCCUGUCAUGGUCACCUCCACCUCAGAAUAUGACAAUAUAGGAGCUGGUGGUUGGAGUCAGGCAUCCUCGCCUGAGACCUAUGCCAGCCCAGCACCUGACGUAGAGGGGCUGUCCAGCCCUUUUAUAGCUGUGACUAAAUCUGUUCAGAUUGAUGAAAUGCACGAUCAACAUCAUAUGAAUGCUAAUGCCGGGAGAGUAUUUUUAGAUGAAGAAGAAUCCCUGAAUCAAGUAUUUCUGUUUGAGGGCACUAGUGAGUUGGGUCAAAUGACCAGGAGCAGGAGGAGCUCAACUGAGAGUGAGUAUGACAACAAAAGCAAACAAGAAUCAGUGGAAGCUGAGCAAUCCAGUAGUUCUCCAUUUGUUAUGGUGGACUUUUCUUCUGACACUCCAACAGCCAACUAUCAGUCAAGUCCAGGAGAAGCUGCAGAGACCCAAGUCCAGGCUGACCAAUUAUUAUACUCAAGCCAUGUGAACUGGGACAGCUCAGAUUCUCCUUCAUCAUCACACACUCCAUUAAUCACUUUGGCCCUCUCUGAAGAUGAAACCCAACAAGAGCCUAACAAAGACCAAAAUGUAAAGGUGGAGAACAAUAUAACAGAGGCAAUGUCUCUAAACACUAGCUAUGAUGGGAGGAGAGACACACUGAAAUGUAGCCCUGACAGCCUUCAGCCAGGUAGUCGAGAUGAGGUCCGGUCUAAUUCUGAUGGCGACUCCUCUUCAGGCCUAGAAAUGGACUACAUUGUUGUGUCUGGUACAGUAAAAGAGGCAGAGAGAGAGUGGCAUGACAGGCCCAAACAGGGAAAGAAACAAACAAAAAGAAACACCAUGGAGACCUUCAGCACGCUUUUCUAUGCUGCCACAGCCCUGCAGUCCCAGGUCCAAGGUGCACAGAGGGAGCAUCAGGAGGACACAGAACAGAGUAGGCAAAACCAGAUACGCAGAAGCUCUGACAGUCCAAUCAGUACCACCACUGAGCAUCAAAUGGUGCCAGAAAUUAUCAGUCCCAGCCAAUCAAAAAACACCUCAGAAGCCUUUCAUUCCAGACCAACAGGUCACAGUCAAACGCAGGUAGAAGAAGGACAUGAAGAUAAGUCAAGUGUUGCAGGCAGAAGUAUAUCUCCAUCAUUAAGAUAUCCAUCGGAUAACUUUUUAAAAACCAGAGAAGAAGUUUAUGUCCAUUCGCAAAUUUCAAUGGAAGAUUCAGAUGAGGGUGGACAGUCGCCGUCUGCACCUCCACCAUGUCCUCCUUCACUGGAGAAGUUGCAAGACUGGGGGGUUCAGUGUCCCACUCCAGCUCUUUGCCUGGCACCCCAGUAA